AUGGUGACGUCGAUCGACAAUGGAUUCAGAGAGGUGAAUCCAUCCUGUCUCAAGGAGAAUGGAGCACUCUUUGCCAGCUUCCAGGCAGCAGCAGCUAAAACUAAACAAAAGUCAGGACAAUCUUCCUCUCCGCCGCAUCUCUUCUACAUUGACCACAUUCUCAGCUCUUCGAGUUCUCCUCUCAUUAAUACCUCAGCAAUAACCGAAAAGAAGGCAAUUCAGUCAGCUCAUCACAGCUAUCACCAUAACCUCCCACAUAAGAAGAUGAUGCUCAGUUCUGCUGUUGCUGCUGAUAACUCCCAUCGAUUAUCUUCGGCAUCUCCGGAAAACACCACCGAUGAUGAUACCUGUGAAAGCCUUGAACAAGAGGAAACGGGAAUUGACUGUGAAGGCAGUGAAGGUGGUGAUAAUUUUGAGGGUGAGGAACUGGAAAGCUGUCAUGGAAGAAAUGGAAAUGGAGGUCGCAAAGUUCGUCGCAGUCGAACCACCUUCACCACCUUUCAGCUGCACCAGCUGGAGCGGGCUUUUGAGAAGACCCAAUACCCGGAUGUCUUCACACGAGAGGAGCUGGCGAUGCGCCUCGACCUCAGCGAGGCCAGAGUUCAG